GUCGCUCUACGUCGAGGCCGCCAGCCAGGCGUACAAGUCGAGCCGGACAGGGAACCCGCGGUACCUCGCGCCCGAAUUGCAUCUGCGGCAGGACAGUGCGGACGGCGCUGCCGGCAGGAUCGUCGCGAGGCUCGUCGGCGGGAAUGCGCGCUCCAGCCCUGCUGUGCGUGGACGACGUCUGAACACCUCGAGCGUCGGCCUCUCCCCUGCGAUUGCCUCGCUAUUCAGCGGACCCGUGUUCCGGAUAUCGCCUAGUGGUCGUCAAGACGAGGCGCCCGACCUGUUUUCGUUUGCGAUGCUCUGCGUCGAGCUCUACACUGGCCAGGAGCCAUUCGUGGCGUCGCAUCCUAGUGCGACGGACGGGCAGGUCUCGAACCUCAUCCUGCAAGGCACGUGGCCGACGCCGCUGCCGGCGGCGAUCGCUGCGCAGCUAGGUUUGGUGCGUGUACUCGAGCGCUGCUGGCAGCAGAACCCGGCACGUCGUGGAGAUGCGGCUGCUUUGCUCGCGGACAUGCGCGGUCUUGCUUAGCGAUCCAUCGUGGUACUCCAAUUACGGACGCCAUCGCACAGUUACACUGAGGCGAUUGAUACUUUAUUCGUUUUAGAUCUUUUUUUAUUCCGCGAAGACCUGUUUGCACUUUAUCGCUCUUAUAACGUAUAAGUGGGACUACGUUUUUC